UGAAGCCAUUCUCUCCCUUCAGUGUCAAAGCUGAGAUUACAGAGGACACUGGGCAACUGAAUGUGAGUUGGAAGAACCCUGAACUUCCAAAGAAUGACCUUCAAUUUCAAGUUCGAUAUGCGGCUAGUGGAGAAGAUAUUAACUGGAAGAUUCAGGAAGUUUCUGCUGUAUUGGUUACCACUGUGAGUAUUGCUGUACAAGAUCCCUGUAUAGUUUACAUUAUACAGGUGCGCUGCAGGAUGACUGAAGGAAUUGGCUAUUGGAGUGAUUGGAGCAGAUCUGCUUAUACAGUUGUUAAGGAUAUCAAAGCUCCUUUGAGAGGACCUGAAUUCUGGAGAGUUAUUAAUGAAGAUCCCAUUAUGAACCAGAAAAAUGUCACUUUGCUUUGGAAGCCACUGAUGAAGAAUCUUUCUUUAUGUAGUGUUCUAGAUUAUGUAGUAGAGCAUAAUACAUCAGAAAACAUUGUUUGGUCUGACUAUAUAGGAAAUGACACUACUUACACCUUUUCAUGGUCAGAAGAUACACAUUCUGUUAAAAUUCUAGCAAUCAACUCAAUUGGACCUUCCUCUGUGAAUUUUAUUUUAACUCUUUCACAACAAAUAAGCACAGUAAACAUUGUGCAAACUCUGAAUAUCUACCCAAUGAACAGCAGUUGUGUAAUAAUGUCCUGGAUACUUUUACCUAUGGAUUAUGUGGUUACAUCCUUUGUAAUUGAAUGGACCAAUCUAAAUGAAGAAGAACAAAUUAAAUGGAUAACAGCUCCUUCUAAUGCUAGGAGGCAUCAUAUAUUUGAUAACUUCAUACUCAUUGAAAAAUACAGAUUUAGUUUAUACCCAGUGAUUAAUGAAGGAGUCACAAAACCUGCAAUAACAGAAGGAUUUUCCAAAG